AUGAUACACGACUCACUACCUCCGACUCCCAACCAGACACGAAAUAAAUGGUCGCGACAAGACAUCUUUACCCUUGUUAGUGUCUGCGUAGCAAUAGUUGGAAUCUUCAUUGGCGUAAUAGUCGCAUCACCUGAAAUUGCGCGAUGCGAGUACGACGCAGAAGGAUACGGCAGCAAGAACAGCAAGACGAAGCUAGAAGACGAAUGCUAG